AUGAAGUUCACCUCCGUUGCCGUCGCCGUUAUGGCCGUUGCCACCGUCCAGGCCGCCGCUACUGGUCCUAGCACCACUCUCCCCAAGUGGUGUGGUCACAUUGGCCAGGGCUGCAAGCGAACUGCUGACGCCUCCGUUGAUGUCAAGCGCUCUGCCGAUGCUCUCGCCGAGGCCAUGGCCAGGAACUUGCCCCUUGUCCUUCAGAAGUGGUGUGGCCACAUUGGCCAGGGUUGCUACAAGGCUAAGCGUGCCGCCGAUGCCGCCGAUGAGGUGAAGCGUACCAGUGACGCUCUCGCUGCCGCCAUGGCUGCUCUCGAGGAAGAGGAUACUGAGUAA